ACCCAUCUAAGAUCUAAUUCUCAAAGUCAUUCACUCAUUGAAAACCCUUCCCCUACGUUUAAGUCGCCGAAAUACCCUAACAACUAUUCAUUUCGUUUCCCUCAUGCAUUAGUAUUUAAGGAAGAAAAGCCUUCUCCCUUCUCUCUCUCUCUCUCUCUCUCUCUCUCUCUCUCUCUCUCUCUCUCUCUCUCUCUACCGUUUAGAAUAUGAAGCAAAAGAUAGUGAUGAAGGUGCAGAUGAAGUGCAAGAAGUGCAGGACCAAGGCUUGUGAGAUUGCUGCUUCCUCAGAAGGAGUGGAACAGAUGAAGCUAGAAGGAGAAGAUAAAGACCAGGUGGUGGUGAUCGGGGAUGGGGUGGAUUCCGUUCGCUUGGUCAAUUGUUUACGGAGAAGGGUUGGACACACCUACAUCAUAAGCGUCGAUGAAGUAAAGCCGCCGCCGCCGCCGCCGCCACCGCCACCGCCACCGCCACCUGAGGGGGAACCCAAUUCACCUCAAUUAGGUUUUCAAUAUUAUUAUCCUUCACAGUUCGUAAGAUAUGGUAUCAUUUACGAACCAAUUUAUGAACCUUUCCCAACUUAUAACUGCUGUCUCAUGUGAUCGAUCCAGUUCUACUCAGGGUUUAUUAAUAUUAUGGUAUCAUUUACUUUCUUCUACUCUUCAUACGUGGUAGUACUGUGAUCUUUUAUUUAUUUAUUACAAUAUUAAGAUAUGAUCAACUAAUGGAAUGUAAGAAUUUUAGUAAUUUCCAUAUUCAGUUUAAUAGUCUUAUUAUAUUA